AUCCUUCUCUAACAUACUAAUUCAUUCACUUGGGUUGCUAACAACAACAGCAAGUAAAUACAAACACAAUUCCACAUAGUCACACACAGACAGCUGAACGAUAGGCGGCCUGUGCAUAGCGAACCGUUUUUAUUUCAUACGGCCACAGCAACGGGCAGCAGCACCAGUAACAACUACAACAGCCACAGAAACAGAAACGAACGUACGGUAAACACCUGAAAACGUAAAACAGUGCACAAGUGUUACUCAGCGGCCAAGCACGCGUGUAAAAAUGUCGCCCCAGUAGUAGUAGCAGCAGCAGCGGCAGCAGCAACAACAACAUCAAUAGCAAUAGCAGGCAUAGAAGCACCACACAAAACCAAUUGAAACCGAAAGCGUGUGCACAAAAAACAUACAACUAAACAAAAACAUUAAAAGGAGUCACAGAAAGAGAACGCAAAACGUGUCAGUGAGAGAGCGCGCGCUAAGACAUACACGCUCUCAGAGAGUGACAGCCGCAGCAGCAGCGGCAACAGCAACGACAACAACACCGCAAUUGACUUUUAAGCAGUUUGAGCUUUCAUUUUGAGGACGCUGCGCAGCUGUUAGCGAAGAGCAGACGAACGGAAAAGGUGAAAUAUAAUAACUGCAUUUGGCGAGCAGCUCAACGCAGCCAUGGACACAACAGCAGCAACCACACGAAAAGGAAACAACAACAAUAACAACAGAAGCAAAGGGGGCAAAGCAAAACCGCGUCGCAAUGAACGCAACAUUUUAACUUUCUAUGAGAAAAUUGCGGUUAUACGUUACUACGAUGAGACGAACAUCUCCCGCAACAGUCUGGCCAAGGAGUUCCAUUGCUGUGCAACCCAAAUUCGUCGCAUUCUGGAGAAGAAACGUGAGCUAUUGCAGCAGCUGGCGACGCUGAGCGAAGCGGAUGCCUCCAUUGUCAUCGAAGAGUUGACGCGCAAGCGCCGAAAGUUCGAAAUGAGCGGCAUUAGCUAUCUCUUACACGAAUGGGUGGAGCGCUGUCGUCAGCUGCGCCUCGGCGUUAGCAUAAGGAAUCAUACGCUUAAGGAGACGGCGCUCAAGUUGGCAGCGAUGCUCAAAUUGCCAGCCUUUAGGCCAUCCUAUCGCUGGCUAAAUCGAUUUCGCAGCAAAUACAAGUACGAGAACGAUGAGCUGGGCUACACAGGGCCAUGUCCGGUGGCAAGUGUACUGCCACUGGAACAGAUUAUUGUGGAAUUUAAGCAUGCCCUGCCAAAUUUCAUGCAGAAGGAACUGGCAGACAUUGACAUGGAUGGCAAGCUAAGUGCUUCAACGCCCGAAUUGGUGAACUUAUCGAGCGAAAACAGUGAAAUAUCCGAUGGAGAGGAUCUCGACGACGAUGGUGUCGAAAUGUUGACCUGCGAGCCAAGUGUGCUGCAUUCCCCAGCCAGCACUUCGGAUGGGGAGGAUGAACCGUUGCCGCCACCGCUACCGCAGCAGCAGCAGGCGGAAGAAGAUGCCUCCAUUAGCCUGCUAAUGAAUGCGGGCUCAUGCACACUGCUAAGCAGCGUCUUUCCCCACUUGGCUAUCAUACAUCAGUUCGCUCUAAUGAACUCCGAUGUGCAGGCAUUGGAGCUGAUCUCACAGCUGGGCGUGCACAUGCAGCAGCAGGCAACCGCUGGUGCUUACCAAACCCUAACCCUGCCUUCGAGUAGCGAAGCGCCAGCUCUACCAACACCAGAGCUGCCACCGGGCAGCAUAUAUGCGGACAUAGAUGACAUCGAGUUGAUCGAAUAGAAU